UAGUAGCCGAGUAUACAGGUGUUGUGCAUUGUACGUUUCCGUAAAAACCGAUGUUUAUGAAAUUAAAUCUAAUAUGAAAAAAGAAUCUCAAGCAAAAUUCGUUUUGAAAAAUAAUUGUAGCGUAGGGUUAUUAUUAAACCAGGACAAGACAGAGAGCAGAAACAAACAACAUGAACGAACUGACAUUCAAAAACGAGCGGACAUCAAAAAUAAGUAAGAAUAUCAAUGUGGUUUUUAUUGAUUAUAAUAUGUAAACGAUACGUAUUAGAUUAAACGAGAAUCAAAUGAACGAAAAAGAACUCGAUAAAAUGGACACGCCAAUACCUGUGAUGAGACAAAUUGAAAAUAGUGAACAAGAGCUUAUUAGCUAUACGGAAGAAGGGUCGCAAUUGGUGACAAACGUACAAUUGGCGAACGAUAACCGUGAAAACAACCGCAGGUAUACCGACAAAAUCGAAAGAGAUUUAAGAUUAAAAGCAGUUGAACACGAAGCUGAAAUCGCAAACGCGAAAUUCACGGAAAUCAGCUGUCAAUGGCCUAUAAUAUUAAAAAAAAAUGACGCAUUGAACAUCCAUGAGCACAUAGAACUACAAAGAAGUAUGUUUCACUACAAUUCUGUAAAGUACCUGUACACUUUUUUUUGUAAUUUUUAUUAUCUUUUUUAGAAAGAGGACACGAUCUCAUCGAACAAAAAAACAAAAUGAUCGAACUAUUAAAAAGCGAUUUAGCUGAAUCGGACUCUAGGUUUCUACAAGAGCAGGCGGCCCAAAGUGAAGACAUACGCAUUUUACAACAAAGAAUUGAAAAUCAAGUGAAGUUUAUAAGAAAACAAUACAAAAAUCAUAUCCAAUAUAUUAAGGUACGCACUUGUUUACAAUAUUAGGAAUUGAAUUUAUUAAAAUUAUCAAAUUUGAUUUAACUAGUCAACUAUGGACCAAGAACGAGAACAAAGAAUUGAUAAAUCCAAUGAAAACUGGGCGGCCCUUUAUAACGAAACAAUGUCGAUUGAAUCCACUUCGUUAGACGAUCGUUUGGCUAUGAUUGAAAAAAAAGAGAAUAAUAUUAUGAAACAAUACGAAAUGAACGAGGAAAUCAUCAGAAAUUUAAAAUCGAAUGUAAAUACAGAGUUGCAUGUGAGUCCGUAAAGUUAUAAUAUUAUGAAAUAUAUUUAUAAUACAAUAUUUAUUUCGUAGGAUAUACAAAGAGAAUUCGAGUUGAUUAAGAUGAAAUGCAUAGAAAACGUGGAAAAACUGAAUUAUAAUUAUCAGGUGUUGAAAAGGCGAGAAGAGGAGAACGCCUAUGCAAAAGCUGCUCAGAGGAGAAAAAUCAACAAGUAUUCGGCGUUCAAAUUUUGUUUUUAUUUUUACUGUUAUGUGACACAGCAGCGUUUUAUUAGAUUACAGGAUAUUUUGUCAACCAAGAGGAAGAUUUUUAGAGAAACUAAAACAGUUUUUAACGCUAAAGUCCCUUUAUUACAAGACGAAAUCAAUAAACUAAACCAGGAUGUUGAGCGGCACGAAAAAAAGGCCCAACGAUUUGCGGAAAUCCAAGAAAAGACGUACAAAGAGUUAUGGGAUUUUUCUCAAGAACAAAUCGCGAGCCAUUUAGAAAGGGUAUUUAUUUAUUUCCAAAAUAAUAUUUUUAAUAUUUGCAACGCGUGUGUACAAUAUUGCGUUUGAUUUGUAUUUUUCGAGAUUUUCGAAAUUGAUCGGAUCAUACACGAAACACAGUUGGGCGUUGGUUGGCAGCGACCACAAAAACUCAAAUAUCUAGACAUUAGCGAUUUGCCCUCUUACAGGAGAAAACCCAGUGUUGCACCGGGUGCAGAAAGUUUGUUUAUUUUAUACGUUUACAUAUGUGAUUAUUCGAAUAACAAUAUUACGUUUUUUUUAAAAAAAAAAAAAUAUAUAUAUAUAUAAUAUAUAUAUAUGUAUAUAUCUACAGGUAAUCUUUGUGUAGAUCUCCGAGUGCAAAACCAACGAAACGCAAUGGACUUACAGUACACGGAGACGAGAGAGCGGGCACUGUUGCAAUUGGUUUUCGACAUGACCAUGAAAAACGUUUCGUCGUUCAUAUUAGAUAACGAACUAAUUGAAAUAAUUAUAAAAACGCACGGUGAAAAAAGUCUCACGUUGUUUUACAACACAAUGGCGGCGUGCGGGUUAAACACCACAGACUCGUGGAAAUGUCUGUUAUCGUACGUCCAAUCGAUGGUGACCUGUGCGGAUUGCCGUGGACCAGUAAUGUGGCAUAAACCCGAUUUCGAUCACCGUGCAAAAGCAGAUAGGUUUGAAAAUAUUUUUUUUCAUUUUAUCGCCCGGGGGGGAGGGGGCAUACGCUUGUUGAAAUUAACUUUCGGGUCGUGUAAGUAAACGCGAAUAUUAUUGUUUUUUUUUUUUUUUUAUGGAUACAGGGAAUGGAAAACCGAAUUGAUCGACGACAUACUGACGUUCGGCGAAAACCAUACGAAACGUGUCGAACGAAUUCUGUCCACGACCGCUAAAGUGUUGGAAAAGUGGGUAAACUCAAAAAUUAGCAAAAAGGACAUUUAUUUUUGAACAUUUAAUUAAAAUAAUAAACUUCAAAUUAUGCAACCUUACUAUAAAUACUUUUCUUUCUUAUUCUGAAUUUUUCUUUCUAAUAAAUUUACUUAUCAAAAUCGUUUUGUAGGUAGUUUUAAUCUAUAAGGAAAAUAUAAGAACCAAUUAAUAUAAAAAAUGUAGCCUAAACGUAAUUUGCUUCACCGUCCAUUCAAAUUUAGCUAUUAAUGUGUACUAAUCGAAACUAUAUAAAAAUGCAAUUUUUUUUUUUAUUUUUUUUAUAUUACAAUAGUAAAUAUUUCCAAAAUAUCUAAGAAAAACAAAAAGACACCAAAAUAUGCACUAAAAGAUCAAAUAUGCAAUUAAAAUCGUAAAAUAAAAGAAAAUGGCUAAAUGUCAAAAUGUGCACAAAAAAAGUUUCAUUGUUUAAAUCGUUAUGUCACGAAACAAAUUCCGGGCUCACUCAGCAUACCGUACGGUCAACUAGAAUAAAUACGCGAAACGCAUACAAAUCCGCGCUCUACUAUAGUGGCUAAUACGAUUAUUCGAUUUCGAUUAUUGACCGAGUCCCGAUGGUUUCAGGACAGAUUCAAACAAUUACAUAACAUUUUUGAAACAAAAGCCGACGCCACUGCUGCAGGAUGUCGAUAACGUUUUAGACGCUCGCGACUAUCAGUCGUUCGAACACGCCAACACGGAUUCCGACAACAAUUCAACGAUCACGUGUAAGUAUACCGGUGCACGAUCGAUUAUUUUAUUGCGCGAUAAUAUCAUUUUCAAAACUAUAUCGAUUUGUAAGGAAUUCGACGGUGGAACGUUUAGAACGUUUCGAUCUGUAUGUAUUGUAGUACAACUAACACUUCUUUGCGUAAAGAUAUUGAUUUUUACGCUCAUAAAAUAAUAGUGAUUUCGUGUGUCGUAGUUUCCUUGUCGUUAACGGACUUUGAACAAUUGUGCAGCGAAAACGACUCCAAUCCAGCUAUAAAAUCCCAGCAAUCGCGUGAGUUCGAUACGAUUCACAUUUAAUUACACACAACGUACAAUAGAUUAAUAUAUCGAUGAUGGUGUUUUGUUAGAAGGCCGCGAUACCACUAAAAAUCGAAAACUACGUUUUUGGUAUCGAAAAAAAAUCAGAAAACUUAAGAACAUAACCUGAUGAAAGGGUGUCAUAGGUGUGCGCGCAGGGUGUGCCAAGUGUGCUGUGGCAUACCCCGUGGCCCGUGGCUUUUUGUACGACUUUUAUUCAUUUGGUGACUCUUAUUAAAUUUUAAACUACAAAUAGUAAAAAUAAGAAAAAAUAUUUUUUGAUUUUCCUAGCGGUUUUUAUAAUAUCUGGGAAAAACCAGGAUAAAAUUUCGGAAAAACGGAAAGUGUACGAAAUAUAGGUAUUAGUGAAAAAUAUUAUAGCCUUUAUUUUUCUGUGUACAACUUUUCUACCAGCAAUUUUACUCAGAUUUACAAUGAUAGCACUUUUUCUUAAAGGAACUCUAACUGAGAGGUACCUUAAAAAGAUCAUUUUUCGAUUUUUCCAGGAGUUUUCCUAACAAAUUUGAAACACCUGGGAAAAGCGUAGGAAAAACCGGAAAAUCGGUAAAAUAUUAAACAAGUAUUACGAAAGAAAAUAUAUAAUGACUAUUUAAUACCACAUUCAAUGCAUGUAUUCUUUGUCUACAAGGUACUAUGUGUACGAGUAAUUUUAUUGUUUUCAGUGAUAAACAUCACUAAAAACUGUUUUGCUGGGUUUUUUUUGGCUUCCUGACAAAAAGUGAAAUUUGAUAAACGCCCAAUUUUAACAAAACACCGUCAUUAUAUAUAUUAUAUGUGUACAUAAUAAAAACUCGAUUUGCAGUUUCUCAGGUAGAACUGGAACAUUUUCAAAUGGAAUCUGAAGAACGUCACGAUUUUAUAGACGCCGCAUCAAUGAAGAUCAACGAAGAAAGUACUUAUAUUAAAACAAAAUUAUCAUAAUUAUUUUUCAGUUAAGGAGAUCGAUAACAGUAUUCCGAAUUUUCUCAAAUUUUGUAAGAUUUCAAUAGCCUAGCAGUCUAUUGGCCGGAUACCAAUCUAAUGGGAACGGUUAAAGUCGUUUUUACGGACGAACAUGACGUAUUUCAGACCGAAAAACCAGACAAAACUGUAUAGGAAUUGAGUUCGACAGAUUUCAAUUUUAUUUAUUAUUUUUUAUGUAUUAUAAUUCUUUAAGGUUUUUACUACGAUAAGUUGGAAGUCGUUUUAUCUUUAUCGUCUUAAUCAUAAAUCAAAGGCGAAAUAAACAUAUUUUUGAAAAUUGUUCACGAUUUAGUAAAACAGUUAAUUUUAUAUUUACGAAAUAUCCUAAUAAAAAUAACAUAAAGAAACAAAAUCUUUUUUUCAAAAUUGAAUUCGUCAAACACCAUUAUACUAAUGUUUUGUCUAGCUUUUAGAUCUGAAUCCAAUAAAUCUUUAUAUUAUUCCGUUACCAAUGUUCUUAAAUACGAAAAGUUAAUUUUGUUCUUUCAAAUUAAUUACAGACUAUGAUUAACUAUAUACCUAUAGUAUUAAAUAAUAUGACUGGAUAUAGUUAUAAUAUUCUCGCGUUAAAAGAUAUUUUUAAACAUUUUGGUUUGUAUUUUUUAUAAGACUUGGCUGCAGACAUACGAUCGUGUGACGACCCUAGCCAUCCGAUAACAAUUAACGAUAUGGAUUAUCUACGCGUUAUAAAAAAAUCCAUCGAUAUUUCGAAAUCGAAAUCAUUUGACCAGCGGAACAAAACUGAUUCGGAAUAUUAUUUAACAAAAAUGUUAAACUUAGAAGACAUACGAGAUUAUUGGAACCAGUUUCUAUACGCAUUUCCCGAGGAUCGUUUGAAAGUGUGGGACAUAUUCGAUAAAGCUAUUAAAAAAUAUUAUGAAACGUUACACCGUACGUAUAUAUAAUGUACAGUAGUAUACUAAUAUUUUGUUGUCAAUCUAAUAUCAUUUCACAGGAUUUAACGUUUUGUAUUUUUGGAUUCUGAGCGCAGCGAGAAGUGUAUUGGUUUCUACCAAUCCUGUACCAGACAUUGCUCCGGUCAAAAAACGACGAGGUUUUUUAUUUAGUUGGUGUAUUGAAGAAAAUCGGUUUUUUAAUUUGUAGAUUUCUUGAUGAUUGGGGGCGACCGGAAAAAUGGGAAACUUUACGGAGAAAAACAGUUUUAUUAUAUUCGAUUUUGUUUUUUUUGGGGGGGGGGAGAUUCGAUUAAUAAUAAAUGUAGAUACCUGAGACAUUUUCGCAGAAUAAUUCUAUUGACUUUUUUUUUAUUUAUUCAUAGGAAUUUGAAAUUUUCGAGUUUUUAAAUUUUAUUUGAUUUUAUGUUGAUAAUAUUGGUCGACCAGAAAUGUUUGAAUAUUUAACACGAUGUUUAUUAAUUUAGUUGAUUUUUAUAUAAGCAUUUAAUUUGACGAAUAUCAUCUUAACGGCAUUUUAAAAUAUGUACGUAUAACCGAACUUCGCUCAGAAUCUCAUUUUGUUAGUAAUGAUUUCUCGUUACGUACAGGUAUAAAUUAAAUAAUUCUAUGUACCGUACCUUCUCAAUUUUUCACCUACUACAGUGACACACCCAUCAGCGGUAUCAGCUCUAUUGAAUUUUUUUAUAGUUAUUGUUAUUAUUUCAGUGCGCUUCAAAAAGAUUAAAGAAGUCGAAAAACUCGAAACCGAAAAUAUGGAAUUAAAAAACAUUUUAAAACAAUUUAUGGACGCAGAACAGGUAAAAAUAUAGAUAAAUACAUAUCUAUAACCUUAAAAAUUAGAUAAACAAUUAAUAAUAAGCAACUAUAUAAUAAUUAAAUAUUUUUACUAAUUGUGUAAUUACAGCAGGCUCACAAUUAUUUUGUACAAGCAACGCAAUAAUAAACGUGAUUUUUUUUUCAGGAUGAUGCGAGAUUACAAACUAUUUGUACACCGAAAAUUAAAAAACAGCAAAGAAAUCCAAUAAAGAGAAAUUCAAAACCAGUAAUAUUCACAGACAUUUCUACCAACAUUUGUGGAACAUCAAUGCGUAUACUAAAACUCGAUAGACCCGAGAAGAAGAAAAUAAACAGACCAUUUACAGCUCCAACGAAGUGA